GGUUCUUGGUGCUGAUGCAGAAAACCAGGAGCAUCCUGCCCUGACGUUAGCGAAAAGGACCGUUGAAAAGGACUGAGCAGAAUUUUUAGAUGCCAUGCGUGACCUUUGACCUCUGGUGGGAGCCGCUGUGUGUUACUGAUCUGAAGCUCUGCUCACUUUACGGCUUAUCUGUUCGUGGAUUUCAUUCCACCCAGUGAUGACUGCAUGACUUGAGCCCGGGAACGGAGUUUAACCCAUGGCGGGCCUGGAGCUGUCGGGGGCAGGGAUCCCCAGGGGGGAGAGGGACACCGAGCUGGAUGUCCUCAGUUUUCUGGACGCACUGGGGGUGGACAACGGCACGGCGGAGCGAUGCUACCAGUCUCACUCGCGCAGCAGCGUCCUACAGGGUCUGCCCUUCGGGGGCGUGCCCACCGUCCUCGCCCUCAACGUGGUGCUCUGGCUGCUCCUGCUGUUGAUCUUUUCAUGCCUGCGGAAGGCUGCGUGGGACUAUGGGCGGCUUGCUCUACUGAUGGACAAUGACAGCCUGACAUCCCUGUUCUAUGGGGAGCAGAGCGAGAAGGAGAAGUCCCCAUCAGAGUCCAGCCCCUCAGACACAGACAUGAGCAAGGACGUGGGAUUCUGCUCCUGGCUGACAUCACUCUAUCAUAUGAAAGAUGAGGAGAUCCGGAGCAAAUGCGGCAUUGAUGCCACCACCUACCUGUCCUUCCAGCACCACAUCAUCCUACUAAUGAUGGUGGUGUGCCUGCUGUCUGUGGCCGUCAUCCUGCCCAUCAACUUCUCUGGCAACUUGCUGGGAGACAGCCCUCAGAAUUUCGGAAGGACGACGGUGGCCAACGUCCCCGCGCAGGACAAUUUUCUGUGGCUGCACAGUAUCUUUGCUUUGCUGUACUUCAUCAUCACAGCCCUGUGCAUGGCCCACCACUCCUCACGGCUGGAGUACAAGGAGGAUGAGAAGGUGGCAAGGACACUCAUGAUCACCGCCAUUCCAAGGGAGAUCUCAGACCCGGGACUCAUAACCAAGCACUUCCACGAGGCCUACCCCAGCUGCACCGUCACUGACAUCCGAUUCUGCUUCGACGUGCGGAAGCUCAUGAAGCUGGACUCAGAAAGGCGAAAAGCAAUGAAGGGCAGGCUCUACUUCACUACUAAGGCCCAGAAGGAGGGCCGAAUCAUGAUCAAGACUCACCCCUGCGCCCAGCUCUUCUGCUGUGAUAUAUGUGGCUUUGAGCAGGUGGAUGCAGAGCAGUACUACAGUGAGCUGGAGGAGAAGCUGACGGAUGAGUUUAACGCUGAAAAGAACCGCAUCGCACUGAAGAGGCUGGACAUGGCCUUUGUCACCUUCCGAGAUGAGAGGAUGACCGCAGUCAUAAUCAAAGACUACAGUCGAGCCCGCUGUCGCCGGAGACCCCAGCAGUCCAGCAUCACCACUGUGGUCCGGUCACAUAAAUGGGGGGUUGAUUACGCCCCAGCCCCUAAUGACAUCAUCUGGGAGAACCUGUCGGUGCGUGGCUCCCGCUGGUGGCUGCGCUGCGUCUUGCUCAACAUCCUCCUCUUCCUCCUGCUCUUCUUCCUCACCACGCCCGCCAUCAUCGUCAACACCAUGGACAAGUUCAAUGUCACCAGGCCCGUGGAGAGUCUGAGGAACCCCAUCAUAACCCAGUUCUUCCCCACCCUCCUCCUCUGGGCCUUCUCCGUGCUGCUGCCCUUCAUCGUCUACUACUCUGCCUUCUUCGAGUCUCACUGGACCAGAUCCAGUGAGAAUCAGAUAACGAUGCGCAAAUGCUUUCUACUCCUGGUUUUCAUGGUGAUUAUCCUGCCCUCACUGGGGCUCUCCAGCUUGGAUGUUUUCUUCCGGUGGCUGUUUGACAUUCACUUCCUGGAUGAAAGGGAUGUCAAAUUUCAGUGUGUGUUCCUGCCUGACAAUGGUGCCUUCUUCGUCAACUACGUCAUCACCUCCAGCCUGAUCGGCACCGCCAUGGAGCUGCUGCGCAUCCCCGCCCUCAUGGUCUACGCCCUGCGCCUCUGCCUCGCCAAGUCCGAGGCGGAGCGCAUCCACGUCAAGAGGAGCCAGGCCUAUGAGUUCCAGUUCGGCCUGGAGUACGCCUGGACCAUGUGCAUCUUCGCCGUCAGCAUGACCUACAGCAUCACCUGCCCCAUCAUCGUGCCCUUCGGAUUGCUGUACCUGGUGCUGAAGCAUUUGGUGGACCGCUACAACAUCUACUACGCCUACGUUCCCACCAAACUCAACCAGCGCAUCCACUCGGCGGCAGUCAGCCAGGUCAUCGUGGCGCCCAUCCUCUGCAUGUUCUGGCUGCUCUUUUUCUCCGUCCUGCGGCUAGGCCCCAUGCGUCCCAUCACCCUCUUCACUUUUGUGUCUCUGCUGUUCUGCAUUGCCUUCUCCCUCUUUGGCCUCUGUCUGAGGAAACUUCAGCCAGCCAAGCCUACCAGCUACCAGAUGUCAGACCAGCCUGCAGAAGGGGGCUUCAAUGAUGCAGAGAGAAGCAGUGUAUCAUCUACACCCAACUCUAAUCUGUUUGUGGCAUCGGUGCUACAGGAGCCAGAACUGGGUCUGACUCCCAUGGCUUCUCCAGCCCACCACAGCUAUGGUACCAUGGGUACCCGGAGAGGCUCCUCGCGAGGGGCCGAGGAGGAGGCACAGCCACAGACCUACGAGACAGAGCUCCAGGAACCCCAGGAUCCCUUCACCUCCAGCCCGCUCAUGGACACCCAGGAGGGCUACCAGUAACAUCCCAUCCCACCCGCCUGUACCCCGCAACCUUGGGCAGUGACAACCUGCUCCGAAAAGUGACACCGCCAAGAAAGAAAAAAAAUGAGCAACAUGCUGCAAUUUUCCUUCAACCUCAACAUUCAACCCAACUGCCUCAAAGCCUGAAACUUAAAAGCUUAUGGAGAGUACCUAUGCCCAGCCUCUGAGCCCAGGCCUCUGACUCCGCCCACCAAUGCCACAGCCAAUAGGGAUUCUCCCCCAGGGGAGUGCAGUGCCUGGUCUCUGUUCCUGAUUUCUGAUGCUGUAGGACCGGGUAGAAGAAUGGUCAGCUGGCCACAAAGACUGUCUGGGAUGAAGCAGCAAAGCCACUUCAUGUUGGAGAAUAACCAUUUCUCUCUCUCUCUCUUUUUCUUUCUCUCUCUCUCUCUCUCUCUCUCUCUCUC